AAAGUGAUUCUUUCGCUAUCGAAAACAGUGGCGAAAAUGUGUACUUUCCACAAGGGAGAAGAAAAUAUAGUUUGCUCAACUCUUGUAAAAGCCAUUUAAUAUUACGUGUCUAGUGGCGUCACCAAAAGUUAAUAAGAAUGUUUGGAUGGCUGGUUUAGGGCUGAAUUAAAAACUCCUCUUAUACUCUAAAAGUGGGCGACGUUUCGACCCUCUGUUCAGGUCUUUCUCAAGACUAGAAAGACAGAUGAUAGUCUGAUGCAGCCACUUGGGCAGUCAACUAACUAUAUUCAGUGAUCAAACGACGCCAAUAACCACCAAAACCUAUUCCUAUUUCAUAUAAAAAUAUGAAAUAGUAGAUAUGAAAAAAAAUAUUUUUAUUGAAAUAGAGAAAGAAAUAAAGUAAAUAGGUAAAGAAAAAAACCUGUGGCAGUUAUGAAACAUAUGAUAUGGCCAAAUGUUAAAAGGGAAUAUAAUAAUAUAGGGCUGAAGGUGUUUGUAGUGGGAAUGUCAGCCCUGGAAGAGAGGGAAAUCGUCCCCACCCCCCAUUCCUUUCAAGGCCGCCUCCUCUGGGGAGCAAGGGACACAGACUAUUGAUCAGUGUUCCUUUGCAAACGCAUCACGAAUUUUUAUUUGUGCUUCAGCCUUUCCUGCCACAUUCAUAUCCGGAUAAGUAGUCAAAAUGACAAAGUUAAACCAGGAAGCGGGUGCAUCAGUUAAAGACAGUUCAAAUAAAUUACCCCUUGAUGCUAAUGUGCUGAUGAGUCGGGUUUGCAAGCUGGAGGAGCACUUAAAAGCCGGGCUAAUUGAGCUGAAAAGUGCCGUUUACGGAACCGAAGAGGUGAGAACUCCUGACACAUUGAGCGAAUGUGCGGCGAGGAUAACAAAAUUUGAAACGCACGUGAAAGAAGAAAUAGCUAAAAUUAAAUCAGCGCUCGUACAAACGGAUACAAAACUAGAUGACUUGCAUCAACGGAUGUUAUCCAAUAACUUAAUAUUUUUCGGAAUCCAAGAAAAAACAGAAGAACGCGUAAAGACAACAAUUUGCGAAACUGUUAGGGAUCAGCUGGGAUAUAUCAUUGGCUCAAAAGAUAUCGAUUUUAGUUUUCGGUUGGGAAAACUUGGAUCACAUCAUUGUCGGCCCAUAUUGGUGGGUUUUGUAAACCGGUGGGUACGCAACGACAUUUUUUCUUCAAAAAGUUUGCUAAAGGGCACGAAGAUUGUCAUUAAAGAAAAUCUUACACCAAGUCGUUUGAAACUAUUCAAGGAAAUAUCUGGUUUGGUGGGAUUUCGAAAUUGCUGGACAAUGGGCGGCAAUGUAUACGUAAAAUUCGGAGACACAAGACGACAGAUAAAAGAGAUUUCCGACUUAAAGGAAUCGGAUUAGAAGACGGAAACUUGCAGUUACAAGUUUCCGUUUUUCGAGGCAAUUCAGUUUUUAACGUUGUCUGUCAAUGUUGCACAAAUAUUUAACUUUAUGUCGUUUGUGUGCACAUUGUUGCAAUCAAGAAAUGCAGCAAUUUCAAAUCUGUCCCACAUUUGCUGUAUAUAUUUACAUUUAGAACGUAAAAUGUUCAAAAUAUUUGUAAGGGGGUUUUCAAUGGAGAAUGAAAGAUAUCUGUUAAAGUAGUAUUGCAAUUCAGAUCAGAAGUUAUUAAAAAUUGUGUCAACUAUUUUCCAUAGAAAUAAAUAUACAUAUAUAUUUACACCGAUAUAUUUUUUACUGAUAUAAAGCCACGGCUGAAGCAAUUAAGCAAACGAUUCCACAUGUUUAAACAUCCACAAGCAAUAUUGUACAUAUUUAUAAUUAAAUAAAGAUUCUCAAGAGAAAA